AUGAUCUCUUAUACUCCUUCUCUGUUUCACUUCCACUACAUCCUACUGCAUCUCUGCCUCGUCAUCACCUUCACUGCUGGACAGUUCAAUGGACAGGCGUCAGAGACGGAUCUCUGGUGUGUGGCCAAGAACAACGCAGAAGAUUCGUCUCUUCAAGCAGCUAUUGACUGGGCUUGUGGUCCAGGAGGCACCGACUGCUCCGGGAUCCAGCAAGGCGGACCUUGCUAUGAUCCGUCUGAUAUCUUGAAGAUGGCGUCGUAUGUUUUCAAUAACUAUUAUCUGAAGAAUGGUCCCGAAGAUGAAGCUUGUAACUUUAGUAACAAUGCGGCUGUUACUUCCCUUAACCCCAUCUUAUGUUGCAGUAAGCAAGUGAGCAAUGGCAAUAUAGUGGCUGCAACCACAUCAACGCAGGGAACAAGUGCACAAGAAUCCUCAGAUUUUAGCGGAGCAAGACGGAUCUUUACCAGUAGCUGGUCGUUACCCUUCAUCAUUCUAGGCUUUAUUAUGAUCAUCAAUCAUCACUUUUAG